GAGAUCAUCCCAGCUCACAGAGCCUGCAGGAGUCUUCCAAGCAUCGUGCCUAAAACUCUCUGGAAACUUUUGGGAUUCAGGAAUCGAGGCCGUUUGGGACUUUUGUCACGUAGACUGCUCUUUUUUUCUUUGUAAACAAAAAACAGAGGUGGAUUUGCUUUUUUCUUGAUUGUUCGCAACAGAACCAAAAAAAAAAAAGGACAAGAAUGAAGAUGCUGAUAGCGCGUCACUUUUUGGCCGUUUUUCUCACGCUGUUUGGAUACUCUGGGGAUGUUUACGCGGGCGCAGUCCUGAAGAACUCCAACUCCAUCAAGAACCUACCUGGUGCUGCUGCUGUCAGCCCGAGUCCGCGCACCUCCCCGUCCAGCAGCGCGGGGAUCAGAGUGCCGAUAGACACCUUGCAGCAGUCAGCCGUUUGCACGGAUGAUGAAGAGUGCGGGGGUGAUGAGUUCUGCAACGACGCCCGCGGUGUCUGCCUGCCCUGCCGGAAGAGCCGCAAGCGUUGCGCAAGAGACUCCAUGUGUUGUGCAGGAAACCGCUGCAGCAAUGGUGUGUGUCAGGCAAACGAGGUGUACAGCACAGAUGCAUCCAUCACUUAUACUGGAUGGCAUAAAUACAACACCACCAUGGAGCAUCAGGCCAAGAGGCCUCCAAAUGCCAGUGGCUAUCAGCCUAACCCCGUCAAAGGCCAAGAGGGUGAUACGUGCUUGAGAUCGGCAGACUGCUCCGAGGGUCUCUGCUGUGCCAGACACUUCUGGUCUCGCAUCUGUAAGCCCGUGCUGUCAGAGGGCCAGGUGUGCACACGCCAUCGCAGGAAAGGCACCCACGGCCUGGAGCUGUUCCAGCGGUGCGACUGCGGCGAGGGCCUGGUCUGCCGGCCAGAGAAAGGAGAGCGAGAUCACACUGUCAGCAGGACUGCAGCCCGGAACCUACACACCUGUCAGAGACGCUGACACGACCACAUGGAUGCACAGAGACAGAAAUAUGCACUCACACACACACACAAGCAGACACACAUCGAUAAAUCAGUGACAACCACUGACGAAUACAUCAUGGCUUUGCAUACACCAAAGAUGCUGACAGACACAUGCAAAAGACACCCAAUACCUAAGACUUUCCUUCCUGCCAGAGUUGCUGACAUAAAUGCAUCACCCGGAAGGAUAGACAUGAAUCCUGGAAAAGUAAUACACCCAGAGGGAUGCAAUAGUGCGACACGAACUGAUCCAGUUCCCACCAACAGAUGAAGAAUCAGAAGUUAGUAUUUGGAGAGUUGAUUCACGCCGUCAGUAGCGGCAGAGCUGUUUUGUUUCUCUUUUUAUGGAACUUCAAGCCACAGUUAUUGCAGUAAAUUACUGUAGUGUAAAUAAUAUCCUGCAGGUGGCACUUGUUUGUCCUAUUAAAUCAACACAAGUAUUAUAAAGACAUAGUGCUGCAUGUUUGUAAAUAAUGUUAUAUAUUAUUUUAUAAGAAAUUAUAUGGAUAAAUGUGAAUAUUUGUCUUAUUAAAUGUCUUGUGAUAACCUUAUUUCAACUUUCUGUCUAUCAAUUUCAUCUACAUUUUUUGCAGAAAACAUGUUCUUUGUAGCACAGUAUGUGGGGACUAUAAAUGUAGCAGUUGGGGUGAAAAUGAUUGAGUCUAAGAAUGCAACACAAGUUAGAAAUGCUUGUAGUAAAAUAAUGACUGCUAGCUUCUGAAAAAUAAGGGUUAUUAGAGAAACUUUGUGGUGGAUGGUUUAAAGGCUUGGCCCAGAUCUGCUAACCAGCUUCCCAGCCCUCACAAUUGUUGAAAUAUGCACAGAAAACAUGCUUGCAACAAAACAAGAGCUGAACCGAAGCCUCAAAAGGUCCACACCCCGCUGAGGGAACAGGAGAUGGUCGGCCCGGGUUCUGUCUCAGAUACACUAAAUUACAGAUCGGGAGGGGUCUUAUCAAAUAGAUGCAGACAUAAUAAAUAAAGUUUGUGUGCCCUGAUUAGUGUUGAAUCUUCGGUGUUAGCUUGUGUUAGUUAUAACUUCCAUGCUUUUAUGUCCAGCAGAGCAGAUAGCCAGCCAUCCAAGCUGAAGCCUCUAAUUACUUCAGCUUACUCAAUCUGCAGAAGGAUUCAUGACAUGAGAUGUAAAGUAGCACUUUUCUGUGA